AUGGCGUUCUAUGAGGGAUUAUUUGACACUUCAAGAACUUUGGUAGAUGCAUCUUCGGGAGGUUCAUUCACGGUUUUGGAGCCCAUUCAAGCGGAGGAGUUAUUAGAAAAAAUUGCAAUGAACGGUUCUACUUGGUACUCCGAUAGAUCUUCACAAAGAUUGGGAGGAGGUAUUCAUGAAGUGGAGCAAAUAUCCGCUUUAUCGGCUAAAGUGGACAAUGUUGCAACAAUGGUGCAAAAGCUAGCUCAAAUCACUCUUCAAAAUCGAAAUAUGAGCUAUGUUUCUACUCCUUCUUCUCCCUCAAGACAAGUGUUGAUUUGUGAUCUUUGCGGUGGGGGGCACAACUUCGGUGAAUGCUUUAAUGAUGAUACGAGUUCUCAAUCUUCUAUGGAGCAUGUUGAUUUGGUAGGAUAUGGAAGGCAACAACAAUCAUUCCAACCGCAAGGGGCCUACAAUCCUAAUGCACCAAGAAACCAUCCCGGUUUCUCAUGGAGUAACCCGAAUGGGGCGGCGAAUCCCCAAAGUUAUGGCAAUAGAAACUCACCGCCGGGAUUCCAAGGUCAACAAAAUUUUAGAGGGGGUCAAACACAACCAUUUAGGCCAACUCAAGGAUUUCAACCCCAAGCUCCGACUAUUCCACCAAGUCCACCACUACCUACUUUGGAAGCUCCACCUCCACCAAAUUGGGAAGCAAUGAUGCAAAUGAUGCUUAAAUCUCAAUUACAAAGUGAGGAGAGAUACAAACAAAUAUCCGAAAGGCUAGAUCAAUUGAGUGCUCACAACAAGAUGCUAGAAAGACAAAUUGCAAAUCAAGCUUCUACUUCUAGCACCAAAGUCACCGGGAAGUUGCCCGCUUGUCCCGAGAAUCCAAGAGAGCAUGUCAAUGCUAUUGUAACAAGAAGUGGCAAGAAACUUGAAGAACCACCUCUUCCGGUUGACAAACCAAGGCCGAGUAAAAUCAUUGAUGUUCAGAUUGAAGAGAAACUUGAAGAAGAAGAAGCUAACCAUCCCGUUUUGAAUGCGAGCCCUCAAAGUCAUGAAAAAGAUGAAAAAGAAAAGCCCGAUAGAAAGUAUGUGCCACCACUUCCAUUCCCUCAAAAAUUCCAAAGGCAAGCCAAAGAUAGUAGAUGGAAAAAAUUCUUGGAUAUUGUUGAAAAUUUGAAAGUCUCUAUCCCGUUGCUCGAUUUGCUCACCCAAACACCUUCUUAUGGGAAGUUUUUAAGAGAGAUUCUAUCUAAAAAGAGAAAGUUUGGAGAUCAAGAAUUGAUUGCAAUGACACAAGAGUACCGGGCCUUAACACGUGAAGAGAGAAGGUUUUCAACAAAGCAUAGAGAUCUGGGAAGAUUUACAAUUCCAUGUGUUAUUGGUGGCUCCACAAUCAAAAGAUCACUUUGUGACUUAGGAGCGAGUGUUAAUUUAAUGCCUUUAUCUCUUUGCAAGAAGCUCAAUUUGGGAGAGCUACGACCGAUCGAAUUCACACUUCAAUUUGCCGAUCGGUCAACCAAAAAUCCUAUUGGAAUUCUUGAGGAUGUUCCCGUUUGUGUUGACAAGUAUUUUGUGCCUUGUGACUUCGUGGUAAUGGAUAUUCGAGAAGACCCAUACACUCCAAUCAUAUUGGGGAGACCUUUCUUGGCCACAGCGGGAGCAAUAAUUGAUGCACGGAAAGGAUCAAUGAUCUUUGAUUUUGGAGAAGAGAAAGUGGCAUUCAAUGUCCUUGAAGAUCCCAAUUCUUGUGUUAUUGAUUAUUGA